AGCAGUAAAAACCGAGCAGCGAGUGAAUGAAGUCAGCUGAUCUCUCAGUCUGCUGUCACGCAUCGCAGCCCUCAUCGUUUCUCUCUUUAGGCAAGGCUGUAAACCACCUCUUCACAACCAGACGUGAGAUUUAAAACCUGUGAAGAUGGACACUUCCAAGCUGCCCAAGAUCCGGGAUGAGGAGCGAGAGAGCGAGUUUGGAUUCGUUCAUGGAGUCUCUGGACCAGUGGUGACGGCUACGGCCAUGGCAGGAGCGGCCAUGUACGAGCUGGUCCGUGUCGGCCACAGUGAGCUGGUGGGAGAGAUCAUCAGGCUGGAGGGAGACAUGGCCACCAUCCAGGUCUACGAGGAGACAUCCGGUGUGUCCGUCGGAGAUCCUGUGCUGCGGACGGGGAAGCCUCUCUCUGUGGAGCUGGGUCCGGGAAUCAUGGGCUCCAUCUUUGAUGGUAUCCAGCGACCAUUGAAGGACAUUAACGACCUCACACAGAGCAUCUACAUCCCCAGAGGCGUGAACAUCGGCGCCCUCAACCGAGACCUCAAGUGGGAGUUUAUUCCCAGCAAGAGCCUGCGGGUUGGCAGUCACAUCACAGGAGGAGACAUCUACGGCAUGGUGCACGAGAACUCCCUCAUCAGGCACAAGAUCAUGCUGCCUCCCAAAAACAGAGGAACCGUCACCUACGUGGCUCCACCUGGAAACUACGACGUCACCGAUGUGGUGAUGGAGCUGGAGUUUGAGGGGGUGAAGGAGAAGUUCACCAUGGUGCAGGUGUGGCCCGUCAGACAAGUGCGUCCUGUCACAGAGAAGCUUCCCGCCAAUCACCCUCUGCUGACCGGACAGAGAGUGCUGGAUGCCCUUUUCCCAUGUGUGCAGGGAGGAACAACAGCCAUCCCAGGAGCCUUUGGUUGUGGAAAGACUGUCAUCUCUCAGUCCCUUUCGAAGUACUCCAACAGCGAUGUCAUCGUUUACGUAGGCUGCGGGGAGCGAGGUAACGAGAUGUCAGAAGUACUGCGAGACUUCCCGGAGCUAACCAUGGAGGUAGAUGGUAAGACAGAGAGCAUCAUGAAGAGAACAGCACUCGUGGCUAACACCUCCAACAUGCCUGUAGCUGCCCGAGAAGCCUCCAUCUACACAGGAAUCACGCUGUCCGAGUACUUCAGAGACAUGGGAUACAAUGUGAGCAUGAUGGCCGACUCCACCUCCCGUUGGGCCGAGGCUCUCAGGGAGAUUUCUGGCCGUCUGGCUGAGAUGCCUGCAGACAGCGGUUACCCUGCCUACCUGGGAGCUCGUCUCGCCUCCUUCUACGAGCGAGCUGGAAGGGUGAAGUGUCUGGGCAACCCUGAGAGGGAGGGCAGCGUCAGUAUCGUCGGAGCUGUGUCGCCCCCUGGUGGUGACUUCUCUGACCCUGUCACUUCAGCCACUCUGGGUAUUGUACAGGUCUUCUGGGGUCUGGAUAAGAAGCUGGCUCAGAGGAAGCACUUUCCCUCUGUGAACUGGCUCAUCAGCUACAGCAAAUACACACGUGCUCUGGACGAGUAUUACGACAAGCACUUCCCCGAGUUUGUACCCCUGCGUACCAAGGCCAAGGAGAUCCUGCAGGAGGAGGAGGACCUGGCUGAGAUUGUGCAGCUCGUCGGAAAGGCAUCGCUGGCUGAAACAGAUAAAAUCACACUGGAGGUGGCCAAACUGAUCAAAGACGACUUCUUGCAGCAGAAUGGUUACACUCCCUAUGACAGGUUCUGUCCCUUCUACAAGACGGUGGGCAUCCUCUCCAACAUGAUCUCUUUCUAUGACAUGGCACGGCACGCGGUGGAGACCACAGCUCAGAGCGACAACAAGAUCACCUGGGCCAUGAUCAAGGAGCACCUGGGAGAAAUCCUCUACAGGAUCAGCUCAAUGAAAUUCAAGUGUGACCCGGUGAAGGACGGCGAGGCCAAGAUCAAGGCCGAGUACGCUCAGCUAGUGGAGGACAUGCAGAACGCCUUCCGCACAUUGGAAGAAUAGGCUCCCCCACCACGUCAAGCCUUGCCGGGUUUUGUCUCU